GUAAAUAGGUAUAAAUGACCAAAUUAGCAUGGAAAACAAUCAGUACCAGGCUAAUAUGAGCAGCAUAGUUACCUGAUCGAAGUUUCAGGUGCUUCUAACAUCUUCCUCCUACCACCCAACUCCAAGAGCUGCCGCGUUCACCAAUCCCAUUGGCAUUAUUCACCAAGCAACGCUCGGAUUCGUCGAUUCUCCUGCAAUAUGAUCAGCAACUUUCCGUCGAAAAACUUCCAGCGAGAAGUUUCUGAUUCAAUCGUUGAAACCCUAUGCAAUGCAGGAAAAUUAGAUGCUGCUCUUCAAAUUGCAUCCCAAAUGGAGAGACAGGGAGCUCCCCUCAAACUCGAGUCCCUCUCUUUACUUCUUCAAGGUUGCGCAGAAUCGCGAUCUUUAUCCUUAUUCAGAAGAGCCCACCACCAUUUAAAAAGACACCCAUCAUCAAGAAGCACCUCCGUCAUCAAUAAACUGGCUGCAGUAUAUUGCAAGCUUGGCAGUGCUGAGAACGCUCGCCGUCUGCUUGAUGAAAUGCCCAUUCGAACAAAAGAAAGGUCAAAUAACAACAAUUCAGACCCCAAGAGGAGAGAAGCUUAUGAGAAAGUUAGGGAAUUGCACAAGGAACUACGAGAAGCAGGAUAUGUGCCUGAUACAAGAUUUGUAUUGCAUGAUAUAGAUGAGGAGGCAAAGGAGAAGGCGCUUAUGUAUCAUAGCGAGAGACUGGCAAUAGCUUACGGGCUUAUCAGCACGGCACCAGGGACUACGUUGAGGAUCAUGAAGAACCUCAGGAUAUGUGGAGACUGUCAUAAUGCCGUGAAGUUUAUGUCGAAGGUUGUGGAGAGGGAGAUUAUUGUGAGAGAUAAUAAGAGGUUUCAUCAUUUCAAGGAUGGUUUGUGCUCUUGCGGGGAUUUCUGGUGAGGGAUAGGUGAGAUGGGAGUAGUUGGAGUUGUGUUUCUUUGAAUAUAAACAAAUUUAAUAUUUUAGUUACUUUGAGGGUAGUUCACGUCUCAAAGAUGACCUUGGAGUUCAAGUGAUUUCUAGAUUCGUGAGCUGAAAAGAUCGAUAAUAUAUGAACAUAUUUGACAAUAGUUCAGGAGGCUGUAAACAAGUGAUUGAAAUAAUGUUAUGCAAAUAAAGCUCGUAGAUAUUUUGAACUGCACUUACAUAUGAAUGAAUGUACACCUAUUACUAUUUA